AUGUGUUGUAACAACGUCGAAGGGCCUGGGUAUAAAGGGGCGAGCGAACCAUUCGUCAGACAUCAGUUCGCAAUGGCCUUCCUCAAGUACACAGCUCUCCUGUGCCUCGUCGGCUUCGCGAUUGCUGACUCCAGCAAUGCCGAGGAAACUGUCAGGGAGAAGAGAGGGUUCCUCGGAGGCGGUCAUUCCGGCGGGUUCGGAGGUGGCAGCGGCUCCGGCGGCGGCUACGGGAGCGGAGGCGGCGGAGGCUACCUGAUCGUCGGCGCCGGAGGAGGCGGAGGCCACCAUGGCCCUAGCGCCGCCGACGUGGCCAACCAGGCGGCCGCCCAGGCCACCGCCGCAGCCGCUGGACUCAAGGGCGUGGCCCAGUCUGCCGCCUCUGCUGCCGCCAAGCAGGCUGCCGCGACCGCGUCCGCUGCGGCUCAGACUGCCACCGCCGCGGCGGCUCAGAAGCAGGCGCAGGCAGCACAGAUCACACAGGCAGCGCAGGGGGCGCAGGCGGCCGCCUUUGCCGAGUCCUCUCUGUCUUCACAGGCCGCUACUGCUGAGCAGUCUGCAAAGGCUGUCUUGAACUUCGUUCAGGGUCUCUCGCAUGCAAUUUCAGCAGCACAGGCGGAGGCCAGAGCUGUGGCCGCGCAGGCUCUGCAGGCUCUGCAGGCAGCCCAGGCGGUGCAGUCGUCACAGGCUGCCAUGGCAUGGCAGGCUCAGCAGGCGGCCAACUCCCUGAACCAGCAGCAGUCGCUGGCCCUGAGUGAGCUGCAGUCGGCGCAGGCAGCAGCAGCCCAGGCGCAGGCGGCGGCCUCCAAGGCUCUGGCCAAGGCCAAGGGCAGCGCCUCCGGCUACGGCGGCCAGGCCAGCGGGGGCUACGGCCACUGA